AUGGCGAGGUCACUUUUCCCUGUAUGUAUACAGUGGGAAUUCGAACUGAACCAGAUCUUCUUUAAAAGAGUGAAAUAUGUCUUGAAUGAUGUUUUCGAAACUGGAUCGACGUUUGAACGAGUAACCAAGGGAAUCUGGAUAUAUAUCAAACUGGAAAAAGAAAGAAAUCUUGCAUUUGUAUACAUUGAUGUAGAAGGAUUUGGAGAUCCAAAACAGGCAAAUGUCACUGGAAAAAAUAACCGACUACUGAUGGUUGUCAGCCAGAUUUGUGACGUCAUAAUGUACAAUACCAAAGGCGUGCCUGAUGACAGUAUGCUACAAAAAUUAGGGUUGGUAUGUAACAUGUUCGACAAGCAUAGGAAACAAGACCAAGUACUGUCAAAGCCCAUACUAGUGGUACUUUUGAGAGAUUAUGAAUUGGAUGGAUUAUGUUCUGACCAAUCAUUCAGAGAUAUGUUACUAAAUUAUGCUGGAGGAAAUUGUGCAAAUGAGGCCUUUCGAGAUAUAAAAUAUGUAGAACUGGUAAAGCCAAAGGAAGGAAAAAAUAUACGGGAUCUACAAAAUAUACCUGAUAAAGAAUUAGAAGAAGAAUUUGUUGAAAAACGUGGUGAAGUAGAAAGAUUCAUACACAUGGAAGCAAAGCCACUGAGCUCAAAAUCAGGCAAUAACCUCACUGGAAAAGUUCUUACAGAGGUUGUUCGUAAAACAGUUCAAGCUGUUAACAGGGACAGUUUUCAAGGUCUUGAACAAACAUUACCAGAUAUUCUCAAACAACACAAUGAGCGCAAAAUGCAAGAAGCCUUACAAAUGUUUGAAAAACAAAUGAAAACUGAUUGGCCCGCAACAAAUGCCGACGCACUAGAAACACUCGCUGAUGUACAGAAAUGUACAAAAGAAACUACCAAGGAAGGUUUCCAGAAUAAAUUGUUUGACAUUGAUAAAGCUACUUUACAAGAGGAUUUUGAGAUACAAACUCAAACGAUUUUCGCCACUAUUUCUAAAACAAAAUCAGAGGCAGAGCUUAAGAAAAUCAACCUGAUACUGGAGACAGGACUCAAGGACAAAUCUUACGAAAUUAUUGGCGGACAUGAGAAGUAUUGUAGAGAAAAGCAGUCUGUAAAAGAAAAAUACACUGAAUUGAAAAACUUGGGUCCGGAGAAGGAAGACUUGUGGAAGAAGUAUGAAGAGAAACUAAAUUUAAAUGAAGUUUGGAUAAAAGAAAAAGAUGAGAUGCUUUCUCAAGUAGACGAGGCAAGGAGAAAACAAUCAGAAGCAGAGAAAGCAGCAAACAGUUGGG